GGAGAGGGGCAGGCUCGCGAGGCCAUGUGAUGCUGGGCGACCGAGAGCCGCAGCCGCCGGAGCCUCUUCCUUUCCUCCCUCUGGUUUCGGGCUGUCAUGGCGACCCCCAACAGCCUGACACCCACCAGCUGCAGUUGGUGGCCCAUCUCGGCUCUGGAGAGCGAUGUGGCCAAGCCGGUGGAGGGCCCUGACGCGUCCGAGGCGGCCAGCCCCGCCCAUUGGCCCAAGGAGAGCCUGGUUCUGUACCACUGGACCCAGUCCUUCAGCUCGCAGAAGGUGCGGCUGGUGAUUGCUGAGAAGGGCCUGGUGUGUGAGGAGCGGGAUGUGAGCCUGCCACAGAGUGAGCACAAGGAGCCCUGGUUCAUGCGGCUCAACCUGGGUGAGGAGGUGCCUGUCAUCAUCCAUCGUGACAACAUCAUCAGCGACUACGACCAGAUCAUAGACUAUGUGGAGCGCACGUUCACAGGAGAGCAUGUGGUGGCCCUGAUGCCUGAGGUGGGCAGCCCGCAGCACGCCCGGGUGUUGCAGUACCGUGAGCUGCUGGACGCCCUGCCCAUGGAUGCCUACACGCAUGGCUGCAUUCUGCACCCUGAGCUCACCACUGACUCCAUGAUCCCCAAAUACGCCACGGCUGAGAUCCGCAGACAUUUAGCCAAUGCCACCACAGACCUCAUGAAGCUGGACCACGAAGAAGAGCCACAGCUCUCUGAGCCCUACCUUUCUAAGCAGAAGAAGCUCAUGGCCAAGAUCCUGGAGCACGAUGACGUGAGCUACCUGAAGAAGAUCCUCGGGGAGUUGGCCAUGGUGCUGGACCAGAUCGAGGCUGAGCUGGAGAAGAGGAAGCUGGAGAACGAGGGGCAGAAAUGUGAGCUGUGGCUCUGUGGCUGUGCCUUUACCCUCGCUGAUGUCCUCCUGGGGGCCACCCUGCACCGCCUCAAGUUCCUGGGACUGUCCAAGAAAUACUGGGAAGAUGGCAGCCGGCCCAACCUGCAGUCCUUCUUCGAGAGGGUCCAGAGGCGCCUGGCCUUCCGGAAAGUUCUCGGUGACAUCCACACCACCCUGCUGUCGGCCGUUAUCCCCAAUGCGUUCCGGCUGGUCAAGCGGAAACCCCCAUCUUUCUUUGGGGCGUCCUUCCUCAUGGGCUCCCUGGGUGGGAUGGGCUACUUUGCCUACUGGUACCUCAAGAAAAAAUACAUCUAGAGCCGACCCAGGCUUGGUGUCUGACUGUUGGUGUCUGUGCUGUGAUUCCCAGUGAGCUCUCAGUUUUGCACUGUCUCAUGAACACGUGGACAGCCCCUUCCACCCCUUGUUCGGAGUAAUUCUGUCGUCAAUGUGAAAACAUUCCAUAGUUUAGAAGUAGACAUCGCCAAUGCCGUGAGUUGAGGCCAUGGCUCUACUAAAGGAGAAAAGGAGCAAGUGAGAGAGAGAGACGGAAACAGUAUGAAUGCCUUUUCUUUCGAUUCAAGGUCCAGGAUGGAACUGUGGGGACUGGUUAGGAUCUGAGGUGAGUCCCAGGCUGUUUCAUCCCCUAGGGCCCAGAUUCUGGGAGGGGCUAGGUGCUCAGAGGGCCUGACCCCUCCCUUCCCCUUCCCUCUCGCCCAGGGAACUCUUCCACAGGACAAAGCCAACAUCAAGACUCUGCUCUUCUAAGCGGGACCUCUGGGUGGGGCUGGAGACCUGGAGACCCCAUGGGAGGCCCCUGAAGAUCAGAAGGGGCUUCAUUCUUCUCCUGGACAUGGACUGUGACAACGGUUGACAGUGGCAUUCAAUGCCAGGCUGUGUCUGGGCCUGGCACUAUGAGCACACCUGUCAUCCCCUCCCCAUACGCCGGUGUGUUUGGUUUGGCACUCGGCCGGAAGUCCCUGAAGGCAGCAUCCACCAUCCUCUCCCCGCCUGGAGUUGAGUUCUCCCACCACGUGAGGUGGACUUUCAGUAAAAUCCAUGCUGACCUCUCAGAAGGUCCUGGCCCGAGUGCAGGGGUGGGUCUGGAUGUGGAUGGACCUCAAGCCCCUCUUCCAGCCUCUGCCAAGCCAUCUCCUUUAAUGACCCCCUUUCCCAUCACUUGUGGGGCUCCCCCAGUGCCCCACCAUGCCACGCAGGGGGGUCUCUGUAUCCACGUUGCCCACCCUGGUCAUGUCUCACUUUCCUGUGCCUUUUGCAUAUUGGGAGAGGGUCCAGGUGUCACUGCUGCUCAUGCUUAGAAACCACUGAAAGCCCCAAUAAAGCAUCCAGGAGGAGCAGUUGCUUUUUAUUUCUAAACCUGUGCUGUCCACCCAUCCAGCUCUCAUUUCCAAAGUGUGUAACCAGAGAGAUAGAGGCGUGAGGUUCAGGUUCAGUGCUCUGCAAGGGCAAACAAGAGCUGAAUUUAGGUCUCAAGGUGCUGGUUCCAGGGAAGACUUCUAGAUAGGCUGCAAAGUUUUGACUAUGACAUAAACACACCUCACUUGGACUCAGUGCUUCAGAGUUCACAGAUCAUGUUCACAACCACUUGCUCGUGUUAACCUGUACACUGGCCUUCGGGAUGUACCCAGGGCAUAUGCCCCCACAAUUUCCCAGAGGAAAAAAAUGUGUUAAAAUGUCUAAAGAACAUUAAACCAGAAGUAUAAUUUGUGGAACAUCAGGUUUAGUUUAUUUAUUUUGCAAACAUGUAUAUGAAUGCCCAUUUUUCUCAUCCAGAUGAAAAGAAAAAAUAGCUAGGGCCAAGACAGGGCAAGUGUGAAACUCAGAGGCCACAGAUACCAUGGGGCACUGUCCACCCCU